GAAGGGUUCCUGCUGGGAGAGGUAAGGCAAGAAGAGACGUUCAGCAUCAGUGACUCGCAGAUCAGCAACACCGAGUUUCUACAAGUCAUUGAAAUCCAUAACCACGAGCCUUGUUCAAAACUCUUUAGCUUUUAUGACUAUGCAGGCAAGGUUAAUGAGGAGAGUUUGGACAGGAUUCUUAAAGAUCGAAGAAAAAAUGUUAUUGGAUGGUACAGAUUUAGGAGAAACACUCAGCAGCAGAUGUCGUACAGGGAGCACAUCAUUCACAAGCAGCUGACACACAUUCUCGGAGUGCCUGACCUUGUCUUCCUUCUCUUCAGCUUCAUUUCCACUGCAAAUAACUCCACGCAUGCCCUAGAAUAUGUGCUUUUUAGACCAAACCGAAGGUAUAAUCAAAGGGUGUCACUUACUAUUCCUAACCUUGGCAACACUAGUCAACAGGAAUACAAAGUUUCUUCAGUGCCAAAUACUUCUCAGAAUUAUGCCAAAGUUAUUAAGGAACAUGGUACUGAUUUCUUUGACAAAGAUGGAGUGAUGAAGGACAUCAGGGCUAUUUAUCAAGUCUAUAAUGCACUUCAGGAAAAAGUACAGGCAGUAUGUAUAGAUGUAGAAAAAAGUGAGCGUGUUGUUGAAUCCUUUCAAGCUGAUGUAAACAAGUUAAAAAGGCAAAUCGCACAAAGAAAAAAUGAAAAAGAACAAGAAAUAAGACUGCAGCAAGCAAUUUUAAACAGGCAAAUGCCACCAGACAACCUGGAACCUCUGUUUGUCCCACGAAUGUCCUACACUGGGUUUGCCGUGGAAGGCUGCACGCUGGAAGACUCGGAUGUCUCUGAUCCCCCCCCUCCGUACUCGGAUUUCAGCGCAGCCGGUCAGGAAAGUCCUGCUGGCCACGGCGUCCUGGAGAGCAACGUGUUCAUGCCCCGACCGCAAGCAGUAGGUUCCUCCAGUUACGUUUCAACAACGGCAGGAUUGAAAUAUUCUGGAAACGGAGCGUCCCUGUCGUCUUCCCAAAGAGCAGUUGGUGACAAUGUUGACGAAUCAGAAGACAGUGAUUAUGAAAACUUGCUUGAACCCACAGAGUCAUCUGACAGUGAAUACUCACAGACAAGAGAUUCACGGCCUUCGACACAGCCCGACGGCGAUGCCAGGAACACUCAAACCUCUCAGAUUUAACAGAA